AUGACCCAGCUGCUUCUGCUCAUUGUGGCUCUCCUGGCCCUGGGUCACUUGCCUCCAGGGAGAAGUGAAUUUAAGCGGUGCUGGAAGGGCCAGGGGGCCUGCCGGACUUACUGUACGAGGCAAGAGACCUACAUGCACAUGUGCCCAGACGCCUCCCUGUGCUGCCUCGCCUAUGGAACCAGACCUCUGGCCUCUAAGCCUGAAUAUGUGUAG